GACAGAGAGUAACCGUAUUACCGCAGCAUAGCUUACCGUAGGGAACUGGAUCUACUGCAUUCACCGUCAACCUUAAUCCUCUUUGCAAUCUGAAUCAGAGUUGUUUUUGUUGUUGUUGUUGUUGGAAGUGAUUCGAUGCGAGGCCACGAUUGGAUCAACAACUCUCUUCCCGACGAGUUAAUAAUCGAGAUCUUCCGCCGCCUCGAUUCGAAAUCGAGCCGCGACGCUUGCUCCCUCGUCUGCACCCGCUGGCGCCGCCUCGAGCGUCUAACACGAGCCGCCAUCCGAAUCGGCGCCACCGGUUCCCCUGACCUCUUCGUUCACCUCCUCGCUGCCAGUUUCACCAACGUCACCACCGUCCACAUCGAUGAGCGCCUCUCCAUUUCGCUGCCCUCUCUCCUCGGGAGAAGACGGGGAACCGACAAUACUAAGGCUUCAUCGCAGAUGAAAAAUGGUUCAUCGCACGCUUCAUCGCAGAUGAAGCGUGCGAUGAAGCCGCGUCGUCGUGUGAAUGAGAAAAAUGGUUCUAUCUCUGAGGAGAGCGAACUUAAUUCACUCAGUUUUUCUGAUGCUGGAUUGGCUGCUCUCGCCGAAGGCUUUCCUAAGCUUGAGACGCUCAAGUUAAUCUGGUGUUCUAAUGUCACUAGUGAGGGAUUAACAUCACUGGCUCGGAAAUGCACUUCUUUGAAAGCAUUGGACUUGCAGGGUUGUUAUGUUGGAGAUCAAGGUCUGGCUGCUGUUGGACAGUGUUGCAAGCAACUUGACGAUUUGAAUCUGCGUUUCUGUGAAGGCUUGACUGAUGUGGGUUUGGUUGAAUUAGCCUUAGGCGUGGGAAAAUCAUUAAAAUCCCUUGGUGUAGCAGCUUGUGCCAAAAUAACUGACUUCUCAAUGGAAGCUGUAGGAUCACACUGCAGAUCCCUUGAGACCUUGUCGUUGGACUCUGAGUUCAUCCACGAUCAAGGGGUGUUUGCUGUGGCUCAAGGAUGCCCAUAUUUGAAAGUUCUAAAGCUGCAGUGUAUUAAUCUUACAGAUGAUGCUUUGAAAGCUGUGGGCAGUAGUUGUUUGUCUCUGGAGUUAUUGGCUCUCUAUAGUUUUCAGAGAUUUACUGAUAAGGGUCUGAGUUCUAUAGGGAAUGGAUGUAAGAAGCUAAAGAAUUUGACUUUAAGUGAUUGCUAUUUCCUAAGUGACAAGGGUUUGGAAGCAAUUGCUACUGGCUGCAAGGAACUUACUCAUCUUGAAGUCAAUGGAUGCCACAACAUUGGAACUUUGGGGCUAGAAUCUGUUGGAAAAUCUUGCCAACACCUCUCUGAGUUACAAUUGCUUUACUGCCAAAGAAUUGGUGAUCUUGCCCUUGUUCAGGUUGGACAGGGAUGCAAAUUCUUGCAAGCUCUUCACUUGGUAGAUUGCUCAAACAUUGGAGAUGAAGCCAUGCGUGGUAUAGCUAGUGGCUGCAGGAAUUUAAAGAAACUUCACAUCCGUCGCUGUUAUGAGAUUGGGAACGAGGGGAUCAUUGCUGUUGGCGGGCACUGUAAGUCGCUAACUGAUCUUAGCAUUCGAUUCUGUGAUAGGGUGGGGGAUGAGGCCCUCAUUGCUAUAGCCGAGGGUUGUUCCCUUCAUUAUCUGAACGUUAGUGGCUGCCACCAAAUUGGAGAUGCUGGAGUGAUAGCCAUUGCAAGGGGGUCCCCUCAACUCUGUUAUUUGGACGUUAGUGUGCUGCAUAAUUUGGGUGACAUGGCGAUGGCUGAGUUGGGAGAACACUGUCCAUUGCUUAAAGAAAUAGUACUCUCACACUGCCGUCAAAUAACAGAUGUUGGUCUAGCCCAUCUUGUUAAAAGUUGCACCUUGCUGGAGUCAUGCCACAUGGUUUAUUGCUCUGGUAUAACUUCAGCUGGAGUGGCCACCGUGGUUUCUAGCUGUCCCAACAUAAAAAAGGUCCUUGUUGAGAAAUCGAAGGUUAGCCAGCGGACCAAGCGGAGAGCAGGCCCUGUCAUUUCCUACUUGUGUGUGGACCUUUAGAUCUCCUCCGGAUAUUUGCAUAUCCCCAAGUUUUUUACAGUUUUGUGUUAAUGUAAAUAAAGCUGCGCGCUGUGAAAAUUGACGCAACAGUAGGGUGCAUGGCUGUAUAUGUUUCACUUAAGCAGAACUUUCAGUCCCUUAGUAAAUGAGGUUUUUUCUUGUACAAACUCUCAAAUGAUACGAGAGUCAUGACUUUGUCUUAGGAUUUCGAGAGUGUAGGAACCAAUAGGCUUAGAUAAGUAAGUGUUUAAUGACAGUAACUUGAUUUAUAGAUAGAUGGAGUUGAAAAAAUAUUAUGACUCUGAUGUUGAUGUAAGACAGAAAAUUGU